AUGCGUGCCUGGACCACACUCCUUCUGUUGGGUCUCGCUUGCCACGCUCACGGCGCGCGCGAGCUGAAGUGGGGAUGGUCAUCGGCUGGCAGCCUGGGCCAGCUGAGCACCACCACAGGCGCCAACUCAAACAGCGGGCUGCUCAGCACGGUGAUCCCUGGUGCAGCAAACGAUGCAGGCAUGCUGCAGGGCGGUACACAGGCAGACGGCAGCGUGAGUAACAUGGCCGGCGUGUCAGGCGCCACAGUAGCAGAGCCUCCGCUGCCCCCUGGUGUUGCGCGGCCCCCAGCCAUCCCAGGAACGCCUGCGUACGCGCGUCAGCAGGCAAGCAAACCCCCUUCUUAG